AUGUUUGAGUUCGUCUACAACUAUGUUGAACCGGAAAAGUUCAAGCAAUACUUUCGUCUCUUCCUUUUCAUCGUCGUCUACAUCAUGUUUCGAGGCUAUUACUCCAAUUGGGCUAAGCAACGCCAGGUGAAGGCCCAACUCGAGCAAGACAAGCGAGAAGCAGAGGAAAAGCCUGAAAGAGAGAGACAAGAACGCGAAGCCCAACUUCAAAAAAUCGAGGAAGAAGCUCAACUGUUCGGCUGGGGUAAGCAAACCCGCAGCAAGGCCAAGCGAAACGAAGCGAUCUUGCAAGAAGCCGUAGCUGAGUUGAGAGAACGCAACCAGCUGGCUUACGAUGCCGCUGAGGACCACGACAUCGAGGAAUUGUUGGAGGAUUAA